AUGUCUCACUUACAGAAACAAGAGAAGACCUCUGACCCGGCGAAGUCCGUAGGACUCACUCCAAGCCAGACAGAGCACCUUCUGAUGGGAUAUCUAUGCAUGGAAAAGCCCAAGGUUGACUGGAAGAAGCUUGGGGAGCUUUGCAACGUUACGCCUUCCUCUGCUAGAACUGUCUUCACCAAGGGUCGACGAUGCCUUGAGAGAUGGGAGGAGAACAGGGGCGCCCGCGCGGUUAUCAAGGAAGCUGAGGAACCCGAGGAACUCGAAGAAGUUGAAGAAGCCGAGGAGCAUGAGGGCGAUAAUGAGAAUUCUGAUGGGGCUGUGGAGGCUGCACACGCUGAGGAUACUGAGCAUUAG